AUGGUCCACUGGGAUCACAUAGUCUACCAAGAUGGUAAUACUAAUUUCUACAUACCAAUUUUAUUUGGACAUUCGCCAACUUUUGGACAAGUAGUACCAUGUUUUGUGGGCGAUGUGAUACGCGGCUACAAACUGUGGACAAUGGUGAUUAAAAGGUAUUAUCCAAGCCUCAACAACACAUGGCUUUAUAACAACUAUCCAGUUGAGACGAUCACAAUUUUAGGCUGUGUGGUCAGCUGUAAAUGGAGAUUUAUUGGCGGCAUCGAUUUCGCAUUGUUCAAAAUCGAUGACUGCACGCGAGAAACCUUGCGUGCGCCAUCUUUAUUAAACUGCAAAUGCUCGAAAAGCCUAAUUUUGCGAAGUGGACUUCCGCAAGGCGAUCUGAGUGGAUGGAGAUUCAAGUUGUCUGGUGUAAUGAACCGAUACGAAGAAUUGGAGGUUCGCAGUAUUGAUAUUUGCAGUAGUGUUUCCCAAGAGGUGGAGUUUUGGAAGAAUGCUAUGCAGUGGCGAUCAAUUUUGAGCGACGUGUGGACGGUUGAUCAAAGAACAAUAGAAUUCGUUUUCUCUCAGGAAGAUUCACAGAAUGUCAGUUCAAGUUAUGACUUCGUGCAACGUCUGGAACGUCAGGCGUACGACAGGGAUUUGCAGAUCGGUGAUGGUGGGGAGUCCACACAGAUACAAAUGGACAUUCAGCUGCCAUUCGAUCAUGACUCUUUGAAAACGGUGCUUGAAGAGAAGCAAGACCACUUAGCGGCUAAAUCGGCCAUUGCUAUCGAGGAUCGCGGCUUUGACGAGAAGGGCAUUUCGGAGAGCUCGUCCAGAAUUGAAUGUGGUGACGAGAGAGAUACUUUAGACCGGCAUGGUGCCGAAAUAAAUUACACAUCGCAGGAACAGAGUCAAGGAAAUGGCCCUCGAGUGCCAGCUCUUCCGCAUGCAACUCUCGAUGAAGUCAACAUAAUGGGCUACACCAAAGAACUAGACUCAAUUUCCUUGAAUGAUUACCGGAAACUCAUGCUCGAACACUUUCUGAGCCAGAAUGCUAUCGAGAUUUCUACUUUGAACACUUUCCGAAACCCGACGUUGUAUGCCGCGGUGCGGUCGCUGGCUACUGGACGCACGCGUUCUGUCGAAGAGGAGGCUAGUUUUUACUUCACGCAGGUAUUGGAAAGAUAUGUGAACGUAGGACUAAUUGGCAUAUUUGCGCAAGGACGGAUUUUGAACCUGAAAACAAUUAAGGCAUGCGACAAAUACGUAGCGCAGCGCGUUGCGGCAUUGGUGGCGCUUGGCAUGAAUACGGGGAAAAUCGAUUUCCGGAAAACCGCAGACGACCUGCGAAUCGCUUGCAACAAGUCCUCAAGCCAAAUACUGCUGGCUCUACACAAGCGAGCUCUACAGAAAAUUGUCGAGACCGGAGACACCAACCUCGCAGCAUGGUGGCUCGAAUUGAUCAACAACCGAUGUGCGAUCAUACGUUUUGAAUACGCGCGACGAGGCGAAGGGUAG